ACCGCGCGCCUAUGCCCGGUUUUGGACCCCUCUGAGGUCCGCCGUUCAUCGAUUGUGAAGGCGAAUGUCUGGGAAUUUAGAAAGCUGGCGGUAAACGCCGUCGCACCACACGAUCUCACCAUCUGCGGCCUGAUCUCCCGCAAAUCCGUUGCCUUUUACCUCCGCCGAGGACGUCAUUGGCUUGUAAAGGUUUGUGAAAUUGUCCACCCACCUCUACACACCUUUGGCACUGAAUCAUCUUUAAUUACAGGUUUAUCUCUGUUUCAGGAAUCCAGAAACAUGGCGAAUCAGCCCAUACAUGUUGUUGCCAGGACAUCUACCCCAAUCAUCUCCUUCGUGCGUAGAAAUGUUGGUCCGUGCUUUGGAGUGUCUGUUGCUGGUAUUUGCUGCUUUAUGUACAGGGAACGAAGAAAUUCAGAAGCUAAAAAUGAGAUAAAGAGGACGUCAGAAAAACUGUCCUCCCUCAGGAAAAAAAGGACGGAAUUGGAGGCCGGUAUUGAGAGGUUACAAGCCAAAAUCAGGAAGGGUGGGGAAACAGGAAUGGUGGGGAAAGAAAGUGGGAGGAAUAUUUGUGCUUGCAUUGAAAGGAGAGUAUCAUCUGCAGUGUUUUUCUGCGUGGACCCAACACCGAAUGUGAAUUCUCGUGGGGGGACUUCGAAUGAGGCCCAGGAAAAUAUUGAAACGCAACCGAUCACCGUUGGAAAGCAAAAUUGUCCUCGGGCAAGGUUGUGGGCGGUUGAGAAGGUGUGGAGAGUUAUUUCCAUAAUAAUAGAAAAUCAGUUUUGGCCAAUAUCUACAAAAUUACCAAUAACAAGAAACACCCAAACCAGCAGCACCACCGAGGCUCGAGAAGUAGAUCGGAUAAAUCUUUGCAGAGAAGAUCGUAAGACUGAAGAACUGAGGGGUAGAAGUGCACAGAGUUCUGACCUAUUUCUAUUGCUCAAGUUU